AUGCCUCCAUCGGGGACGCUUCUUUUUAAACUUGGAGCACUCUCUGGGAGCGGUGGGCAGGCUUUUUCAGAGUGAGUGUGAGAGAGAGAGGAGACCCCCGCGGGGCUGUGAUUUGACUAAACAAACAGCCAGGCUCAGAGCGGUGCCUCCUCCAGCGGACUCCCGGGACAGCAGAGAUUAACCUCAGACUCUGAACAUCUGAGGGAUCUAUAGAUCUGAGGCAGCAGCCCCUGUAGAAUCUGGAAGUCUCUCCUCUGAUUUCAGAAGGAGGAGGUGACCGACUGCUGGCUGGCAAACCUCCUCGGACACAGAGAGAGAGGGCUUGUCAAUGCUUCUAGGAUCACGCUGAAGAACAAAGUGCAGCGAAGGCUUCCACCAUGAGGAGGGUGACACCAUCCACGCUCCAUCUGACAGUCACAGUUACAGCUCUCCUGUGUCUCUGCACCGAGCUGCGCUGUCUGCAGAUCACCCCUGAUGACAAGGAGCUCGUCCUGGCCGAGGGCUCUUCUCUCAGCCUCACCUGCUCCGGCUCGGGGGAGACCAGCUGGGAGUUCAAGAGGGACGACGUGCCGUACUUCCAAGUGGAACAAGUUCAAAACGGCGGUCAAAGCUACCAAAUCAUUCAAAGCGGGAGAAACACAAGCAGUGUUUUGACGCUGCGGAACGUGAGCUGGAAGCACACGGGGGUGUAUCAGUGCAUUGAUCGAAGCACCGCAGAGGCUAAGGAGGUGGCUGUUUUUGUCCCAGACCCUGAGGUGUGGUUCAUAGAGAGCUCCCACGGCAUGGUAACAAAGACCAGCGAGGAAAGCACCGUCCCCUGCGUGGUCAGUAAUCCGAACAUCAGUGUCACCCUCUAUGAGAGGGACACUGAUCUGCCCAUCGGGGGGCUUUAUGUUCCGAGCGAGGGGUACAAGGCACGGCUGGAGGACAGGACCUAUGUGUGUCGUGGGGAGCUGAACGGGGAGGUGAAAGAGUCUCAGGCCUUCUACGUCUUCAGCAUUGUCGUCCCAGAGGCCAUCGACGCCUACAUCAAUGCGUCAAAGAGCGUCCUGAAGCAGGGCGAACCGCUGACAGUGAACUGCACAGUGCACGGAGUGGAGCUGGUGUUUUUUUCCUGGGAUAUCCCCAACAGAGAGGUUGUUGAGGUCGAGCCACUGACAGACGUCCUGUCCACCAUGAACAUGCGCUCCUGCCUGAUCUUCCCUCGUGCCACGGUGGCCCACAGCGGAAACUACGUCUGCCACGUCCACGAGGGCGUCCAAGACCAGACCGCCUCUGCCAGCAUCAACAUCACCGUGCUCGAGCGUGGCUUUGUGAAUGUGAAACCUGCUCAGAAGCAGAACAUUUCAGCCAAGCUGCAAGAGAACGUGGUCCUGCGAGUGGAGAUCGAAGCCUACCCUCCCCCUCGGGUCCUCUGGAGCAAAGAUGGCGCCGCCAUCAAGGGAGACAAAACCAUCGCACCCACACAAGAGCAUGAGACCAAGUAUGUUACUAUUCUCACCUUGGUGAGGGUGAGGACGGAGCAGAAAGGCCUCUACACUGUCCUUGUCACCAAUGGAGAUGACACAAAGGAGGUGACGUUUGACCUGGAAGUCCAAGUUCCCUCUCAGAUUAAAGACCUGACGGACCACCACCUCCCCGGGAAGAGACACUUGGUGACCUGUGUAGCUGAGGGGGUCCCAACCCCGACCAUACAGUGGUACAGCUGUGACAGCAUGCUCAAGUGCAGCAACGUGACGGCGGUGUGGCAGCCGCUCGUACCGGAGCCAGAGGUGCUGAGCAUCCAGACCAACGUCAGCUUCAGUGAGACCCGUAAAACCAGCCGGGUGCGGAGCCAGGUGACCUUCCACAAGCCCCAGCAGGUCACAGUUCGCUGUGAGACCAGCAACCAAGCAGGACUCAUCGACAGGAGAGACAUCAAACUGGUGUCCAGCACGCUGUUCUCCCAGGUGGCAGUAUUGGCUGCUGUUCUAGCCUUAGUGGCCAUCAUCAUCAUGUCUAUCAUCAUCCUCAUCGCUGUAUGGAGGAAGAAACCUCGCUAUGAGAUAAGGUGGAAGGUGAUAGAGUCUGUGAGCCAGGACGGUCAUGAGUACAUCUACGUGGACCCCAUCCACCUGCCCUAUGACCUGGCCUGGGAAAUGCAACGAGACAGCCUGGUGCUGGGUCGCACUCUUGGAUCAGGAGCCUUUGGCAGGGUGGUCGAGGCGACGGCGUAUGGUCUCACUCACUCCCAGUCCAGCACAAAAGUGGCCGUGAAAAUGCUGAAAUCCACAGCCAGGAGGAGUGAGACUCAGGCUCUGAUGUCGGAGCUGAAGAUCAUGAGUCACCUCGGUCCUCACCUCAACAUCGUCAACUUGCUGGGAGCUUGCACCAAACAUGGCCCUCUGUACCUGGUGACCGAGUACUGUCGCUAUGGCGACCUGGUGGACUACCUACACAGGAACAAGCACACCCUCCUGCAGUACUACGCCGAGAAGAACCAAGACGACGGCUGCCUCAUCUCUGGAGGGAGCACCCCGCUCAGCCAGAGGAAAGGCUAUGUGUCUUUCGGAAGCGAGAGCGAUGGAGGAUACAUGGACAUGAGUAAAGACGAGCCCUCGGUCUACGUGCCCAUGCAGGAACAGAUAGACACCAUCAAGUACGCAGACAUCCAGCCCUCUCCGUACGAGUCUCCCUACCAGCAGGACAUCUAUCAGGAACAAGGAGGCGGCAGAUUGGACCUGGCCAUCAGCGACUCUCCCAUCCUUACCUAUGACGAUCUUUUGAGCUUCAGCUACCAAGUGGCGAAGGGGAUGGAGUUCCUCGCCUCCAAGAAUUGCGUCCAUCGUGACCUCGCUGCGAGGAAUGUGCUGAUCUGCGAGGGCAAACUGGUGAAGAUCUGUGACUUUGGCUUGGCCAGGGACAUCAUGCAUGACACCAACUACAUCUCUAAAGGCAGUACCUUUCUGCCCUUGAAGUGGAUGGCACCAGAAAGCAUUUUUCAUAACUUAUACACCACCCUGAGCGAUGUGUGGUCCUACGGCAUUCUUCUUUGGGAGAUUUUCACUCUGGGAGGAACCCCCUACCCCGAUUUGCCCAUGAACGAGCUGUUCUACAGCGCUUUGAAGAGAGGUUACCGAAUGGCCAAACCGGCCCACGCCUCCGAUGAAGUUUAUGACAUCAUGAAGAAAUGCUGGGACGAGAAGUUUGAGAAAAGGCCUGAGUUCUCCUUCCUGGUCCACAGUGUGGGGAACAUGCUGGCAGACAGCUAUAAGAAGAGAUACAACCAAGUCAACGACAACUUCCUGAGGAGUGAUCACCCGGCAGUGGCCCGCACCAAACCCCGGCUCUCCUCACCCUUUCCGAUUGCCAACCCAGCAUUCGGCUCCCCAUCCUCCGUCACCACCCUCUCCUUCCCCCCAGACCCCUACAGCCAGAGCCCGAGCCCCGGAGAAUUCAGACAAGAGGCAGACUCACAGGAAGUCGUAACUUCAUACAACGAAUACAUCAUUCCCAUCCCGGACCCAAAGCCGGAGGAGGUUUUCACUGACGUGCCUUCAGAGAGCCCUGCAAGCUCUCUGGCUCUGGAGGAGGAGACCGACUCCAUGUCACAGGACACGGCCGACACUCUCCCAGAGGAGGACCGGCUGGAGGAGAUCAGCGAGAGGGACGCUCUGCUGGGCUCCUCGGGGACGCCGGAGGUAGAGGACAGCUUCCUGUAGCCACAUGUAGGGAACCCUGACGAAACAGAGCUCUUUUCUGGGUUCAUCUUAUUCAAACGUGCCUGAAAAAGGGAAAAUGACUAAAGUAGAAUGUAGCAAAAUUGAGACUGAGAAGGCAAUCUUUGUAUUUCCACUAAGCACUCGAAAGGUUUUGCCCUUCUUUAAGUUCUUUUAUCACACUUAGUACCUCUGAAACCACAGAAUGGUUAGAAAUAAUGAGCAUGAUGUUAUCAUCCAUUAAUUGGAGGCUUGCCACAAUAUAAACACGGUACUCACACACACUCCUAUGGAAUCAGUUAACACUAAGCAAAGAUGCAUUUACUGUAUUUUACAUUGUAGCCAGAGACUAAUGAGGCCUUAUGAGUUAUGUGCUUUAGCUGUAUGUCCCUUUUUGGCUGUUACUCAUCAUCCCCCUUUUACGGUUCACAAACAGUGACGGUUUUUAGAAAAGCGGGUAUUUUUUUAACGUUUUUUUUUACGACCAAUUUUGUUAGCUGUACAAACACAAAAUCACUUUCACACAAUAAAAACAAACCACAAACACACACACACGAAAACAAAACCUUGUCUGAGCAAGAACAUUAUGCAGUUCCCACAUUAUUGGAAAUCAUCAGCAUGAUGCCCGAAACCUGGAACAGUCAUAGAAAAUUAGUGUGUGAAUUAAAACUUUAUGUUGCAUUGUUUCCUUACCUGACGUACGACCAACAGCUGUGCUCACUGUAUUAUAAUAGUUUUGUAAAAGGGCCUGAAAUGCAGACUUAUUCUACAUGCACUGUUUUCCUAUGAGAAAUACUUCCUUUUUAGCUACACACAGUAUGACUAUGGAGGUUAUCAGUUUUCUUUUUGUUUUCCUGAGAACUAUAUGAAAUGUAUUUUUGCGUCAUUCGUGAAUCUUUGACUCGUCUUGUGUAGGUUUAUUUCAUAGUUCUGUGCCAGAUUUGCACUUUAUCUAGAAAAACGUGGACAUUAUAAUGCAGAUAUAAACACAGUAAACAUAGAAUAAUUCAACUGAGAAUCCACCUUUGACUUAAACAUGUGGCUUUUACAGGAAACCAGUUUCUGUGCUGACUCACAGUUUCUGUGAAAAUAAUGAACACAGCGUAUCACUGCCAUAGCACAGGAUGGCCACCAGAGCCGUUGUAUAUAGACCGACAGACUUUCGUCUUGCAGCUGUUGUCGCUUGCUGAUAUGAAGGGCUACUGUACUCAAGAAACCUAGAUAGCCAUGUGUGUACAUGUAAAAAUGAUGCUUUUAGUCCUCUGUUGCAUUGCAUAACAUUCACUCACACACGUUUCAACUUCCAAUACUUAGUCAACCAUUUAAAACAACACAUUGUAAUUGUAAGAUGCACAAGAUCACUGUAUCACAAGCUAUGGUACCAAAGCAGUUCUUAGCGUUUACAAAUGUAUUUUUUAUAUGUGCCAUUUUAUAUGUUGUUAAUGUGACAAUAAAUGUGUAUU